AUGCAGACUGCUUCUACAAACAUGUAUGAAAGAAUGGGUUGCUCUCAGGAGCUCGGUGAAUCCAAGUGCGGCACAGUGAUAGGUUGCCACCUGUGCAAUAAGUCCAUCCAUGAAAUUUCCUUGCUGCUAAAUAUUCCAAAUGUUAGUGGUAUUAUAACAAAUGGAAGCAACUGGGAACAACAGCAACUCAGCCACAGAGUGAGCGGGGUCAGCGCAUGCUGAAGCACACAGUGCGCAGAAGUCGCCAGCUGUCUGCAGAGUCAAUAGAUAAAGACCUCCAAACUUCAUGUGGCCUUCAAAUUAGCACAAUAACAGUGCAUAGAGAGCUUCAAGGAAUAGGUUUCUAUGGC